AUGAAACAAACUGGAGAAAUAACUCUGGCGUGUGAGGAAGAGACAUAUUGUUUCAAUUGCUCCUCGGGAUGCCAUGAGAAGGCCUGUCUGGACAUUGAUGAAGCUGGUGAAGAAGGGUCUUCUAGCUUGGUGAAUGUGUUGGGCAAAGAGCAAGAGAUAGUGAAAGUUCUUAGCCAAAGCAGCCGCUGCUGCACAAGUCCUAUUGAUCUGAUGUUAUCUGAGUUGGAAGUGAAGAAGAAGAAGAAGAUGAUGAAGAAGAAGAUAAAGAUUUGUUGCAAAGUGAAGACUCCAGAGGUUGUGGCUUGUGGAUCUAAUAAGUGUAAGGAAAGAUAUCAGAAGAAUCACAUUGGUAAAAGCUGUUGCAGGAGUUAUGCCAAGGAAUAUUGCAGCCACAUGGAUCACCACCAUCAUCGCCAUGCUGAGUUCUUUAAUGACUGA